ACUUUACAGUUUCACAGCUCUACAGGAAGAGCGUGAGCUGUAACAGCGUUGUCGAGCUGGCGUUGCAGUUAUACUCGAAGUCUGCGUUGGGAGCUUAUUGACUCUCUUUACUGUAACAUCAGACGUCAUGGAUUCCCUUUCAUUGCUGGAACAUGCUAGCAACUUCGCACUGUCACCGUCUAACAUGUUCGUGCCUCUACUGUUGUUCUUGCUGGUGUAUCACGUGGUUAUGUUUUAUCAGAAGCAGCGGGGCAUGUACGGGAACAUCCCACCGGGUCCGAAGCCCUGGCCCGUGAUCGGGAACUUCGGCGGCUUUUUUAUCCCUCCGGCUAUCAGCAGGAGAUUCCAGCUGCUGCCUCGCAGCGUCAUGGAGGCGUUGACUUCUCAAGCUAACGUUUAUGGGAAUAUUUACAGCCUCUUCGUUGGGAGUCAGCUGCUAGUUGUCCUGAAUGGUUAUGAAGUGGUGAAGGAUGCGCUGUCAAACCAUCCCGAGGUGUUCUCAGACAGACCGGAUGUCCCUGCUAUCUCCAUCCUGACUAAACGCAAAGGAAUAGUCUUUGCACCCUAUGGACAAGUGUGGAGAAAGCAACGUAAGUUCUGCCACAGUACUCUCCGAAACUUUGGCCUCGGAAAGUUGAGUUUGGAGCCUUGCAUUCAGCGAGGUCUGGUCACCAUCAAAGCAGAGCUCCUGAGACUGAACAAAGAGCAUGGAGAUGCAGGUGUGAACUUACAUCCUCUGAUCAGCAAUGCCGUGUCAAACGUCAUCUGCUCGAUGAUACUGGGCCAGCGUUUCCACCACGAGGACCCCGAGUUUCGUGCCAUCCUCAGCCUGAUGUCACGUGGGUUGGAGAUCUGCAUCAACAGCCCCGCAGUCCUCAUCAAUGCCUUCCCUCUGCUCUACUAUUUGCCUUUUGGGGUCUUCAAAGAGCUGCGGCAGGUAGAAAGAGACAUCACAGUAUUCCUCAAGAGGAUUAUCACUAAUCAUCGCAAGACUCUGGAUGCGGAAAAGCCGAGGGAUCUCGCAGACAUGUACUUUAUUGAGAUGUUGGCGCAGCAUGCUGCAGGAGAGGAGAACAGCAGCUUCAAUGAGGAUUAUCUCUUUUAUAUCAUUGGAGAUCUCUUCAUUGCUGGCACUGACACCACAACCAAUUCAGUUUUAUGGACUCUGCUCUAUUUGGCCUUAUAUCCUGAUGUUCAAGACAAAGUCCAGGCAGAGAUUGAUGAAAUUGUGGGCAGACGAGUCCCGUCUAUGACGGAUAAAGGAAGUUUGCCUUUUACUGAAGCCGCCAUCAUGGAAGUGCAGCGUCUGGCUGUGGUGGUGCCACUCAGCAUUCCUCACAUGGUCUCAGAGACAACGGAGUUCAGAGGCUUUACUAUUCCAAAGGGAACGGUUAUUUUGCCCAACCUGUACUCAGUCCAUAGAGAUGCAACUGUGUGGGACGACCCCGACACUUUCAAUCCCAAACGGUUCCUGGACAAUGGUGGGAAACUGCUCAGGAAGGAGUUCUUCAUACCAUUUGGGAUUGGUCGUCGGGUGUGCAUGGGUGAGCAGCUGGCUAAAAUGGAGCUCUUCCUGACGGUCACUGGGUUACUGCAGGCCUUCAGAUUCAGACUCCCGGAUGGAAAACCUCGCCCAUCUCUGCAUGGUCGCUUCGGCCUGACUCUGGCUCCCAGCCCUUUUGCUCUGUGUGUCAGCACUCGCAGUGUUGAUGGUGGACAUCCAAACACAGGUUUAGGAAUCUAAGGGCCUCAGGAUUCCCAAAAUACAGACCGUAGAUUUUAUUUUUAUAGACCAAAAAGUCCCUAAUUGUUUAGAUUGUCGUCCUAAGCACUUAAAGAAUGACAGAGUGUAAAAUUACUUUAAAAAUAAUCAUUAGGAAUAGCCUCCCUUGUAAGGUCUAUUCAGGGGUUCUGGAGAGGAGGGUCCAUCGGAUUGUUGAACCUCAGAUUCUGGAGGAGCAAUGUGGUUUUGGUCCUGGCCGUGGAACACUGGACCAACUCUAUACCCUUAGGGGGAUCCUGGAGGGUGCGUGGGACUUUGCCCAACCAGUCUACAUGUGUUUUGUGGAUUUGGAGAAGGCGUUUGACCGCGCCCCUCAGGGGGCCCUGUGGGGGGUACUCCGGGAGUAUGGGGUACCGAUGGAGGGACCAUGUCUCUCACCUGGCAUGGGAAAGCCUUGGGAUUCCCCCGGAGGAGCUGGCCAAGUGGCUGGGGAUGGUCUGGGCCUCUCGCCUUAGGCUACUGCCCCCGCGACGGAUGGAUGGCAUUAGGAUGCAUAUUAAAAACUUUUAAUUUUAUGUUAUUUUUGUGCAAUUUUAAACGUUUACAAAAAUAACAGUAUCACUUAUUUUCAUAGCACUUUAUUUAAUUUAAAAAUCCAAUAAUAAAUUUAUGGUGCCUUGAAAUCGUAAAAAAUACUAGCUAAAUAUUUUAUUAGUUUCAUAUUUCAUGAAGUAAUUCAUCGUGAAAUAACUACAAAAAACUGUUUUUGACAUUAUAAUGAAAGAAACAUCUAUCAUUAUUUGUCAUGUGAAAAAAUAGAGUAUUUUUAUAAUUAUGCUAGCCUAUAGUAAGUACAAUAUUUGUAUAUAUUUUUAAAAUGAUGACGUCACAAUGACUUUUUAGGAAUUUUAACAUUAUGAUCAAAAUGCACUUUGCAUCAGUUGCUAACAAAAAAAUUUGGAAAUUAUAUACUUUUUUAAACACAGAAAGAUUAGCUGUAUGAUUGCAUUUAAAUAAUAAAAAAGUAUAUAUAUUUUUAAAUAUGUGUGUAAUAGAUCAUUUUUUAGAUGUAUUAUUUGCAAAUUGUCACUUUAUUACCUCAGAUAUAAAAGUGCAGCGUUGCUUUGGACCAGUAUGGGUCACUGGGAUGCUUGUUACAUUUCUGAGUCAAUUUGUUACUUAAAAAAAAAACACAAAUUCAACACUUUUGUUGUUGUUCCCAUUUUAUAUGAUGACUGGUUGAUGUUGCAAACUGGCCUCAUCCUGCUGUUUGCAACAGUUGGGCAGACGAGCAGAGGAUUUGCAGCUGAGACAGGAAAAUGUAAGCGUUAAGCCAAAAACCACUUUAGUGGUGGUUUUAAUGAGGACAUUGUUGAUGUAUUUGUGCAUGACAGAUUUGUAUUAGACUCCUAUAAACAUAUGGAACAAAUCACAUCCUGCACUGAUGCAAUAAGAGAUGUUACAUUUAACAGCUGAAUAAAGGAUGACCUUUGUUUAA